UUGGCGCCCCUAUCCAUUUCGACAAAGGCUACUUCCGGUCUGACGAUAUCGUUGAGAAAACAGUGCUCCUGUGCCCACUUCUCAUAUAUUCUCCAUACAGGUUUCAGAUAGAUCGCUUGUAUCACUCACAAGAGGCCCCAGUUCAACUUGAAUGUACACUCGGAAUGGGAAGGGAGGGAACUCUUGUCAGACUUCGUAAAGCGAAGAUAGGCCCUUUCGAGCCACAUACCUGAGGAACUACACAGGUAAGUUCACAGAGAGUCACUAAUUUAGAAUGGCGGACCAGGCGGCUAGAGACUUCUACAAUGAGACUUCUGUUAAACUGACGUUCGUAUGUGGCGUCAACGACUGGGACUUCACCCCCGCCAUCAAAGACAUCGUAGCCAAACUACAUCCCGAGACUAUGAAAAGGUACUAUGGGUCAGGGUUCAUCGUCCCCGGGCAGCUUGAAGGUCUCAGAAUCCUGGACAUAGGCUGUGGAUCCGGUAGCCUCGUUUUCAUCCUCAGCAAACUGGUUGGUCCAACUGGGCGCGUUGUUGGUGUGGAUUUCGCCGAGAAUUUGAUAGCGGAGAGCAAGGCGAGGGAGGACUUCCACCGCGAGGCUUGGGGAUAUGAGAAGGCCAACACGGAGUUCUUCAUUGGAAAUGCGGAAAAUCUCUCAACUCUCGAAGACAAUACAUUCGACGUGAUUGUUUCGAAUGGUGUCGUCUGUAUGAUAACCGACAAGAACAAAGUCUUUGCAGAGGCAUUCAGACUACUGAAGGAUGGAGGAGAGCUGUACCUGAGCGAUGUCUACGCGAGCCAAAGGGCGCCGCCAGAGUUGAUGGACGACAAAGUAUGUUGGGUAUUCGGACUCACCGGCUCCCAGGUGAGGGAGGAGUUCCACGCCUCGGCCCGGGCAGCUGGAUUCACCACCCCAGUGCUCACUGGCGUGGGACCCGUUUGCCUCAGCCCCGACUAUCAGGAGAAGCUUCCCGGAAGCAGAUACUGCUGUGCCCGGAACCGGAUGUUCCGACUGCCCCCUAGCGGCAAAAGAGGCCCAGCCAAGGUCACGUACAAGGGCAGUGAAGAAGAAUUCAAGUGGGAUAUCAGUCUGACAUUUAAGUCCGGGGAACCAGUCUCUGUUGAUGGGGAACUAGCAACCAUCUUGACCAACAGCCGUUACGGAAGUCUCUUUGACGUCGCCGACAGUGCUGACACAGCCGUUACCAAGAGGGGACAGUGUCCAUUUGACUUUCUUGAUCAGCUGACUGGACAGGGCGUUACACUGCCGUACGUCUACACGGUAGCGUGACCACGGUCCGGUCAUCACGUCCCCAUCGCACCUGCUGUUGCAGACUAAUGCUCAUCUUACCAACUCCUUGUCUUUAUAGUUAGAAAGCAUCCAUCAUGCCAUUUACUUAUCUAUGUAUAAUGACAAAAUUUGAUGUAUUGUCCUAUCUGUUAAAGUCUGUUUCUGUAUAAUUGUCUUAAUGUGAAUCGUUUAUUAGUAGUCAUCAGCCUCGGUAUUUGUCAUUCAUUCCAUGGUGCAUCAUGGUGAUACUUAUCACCCUAGCCCCUCCCACAGUGGGGGGCGGUCGGGCAGCCUAGUGGUUAAAGCGUUCGCUCGUUACGCCGAAGACCCGGGUUCGAUUCCCGACAUGGGUACAAUGUGUGAAGCCCAUUUCUGGUGUCCCCCGCCGUGAUAUUGCUGGAAUAUUGCUAAAAGCGGCGUUAAACCAUACUCACUCACUCACUCCCCCACAGUGGGGAUUCCGGUAUAGAAUUGAUGUACAGCAAUCUAUGCUGUUUCCCCCGUUUGGUAAUGCAUGUUGAUGGUUCCAAGACGGUUGGUAACACGCGGCACCCAACGAUGUUUGUGUAAAUGUAAAGUGCAUGUGUUUCGAUUUUGAUAUAUUUUGUCAGUUCUGUACAUAUGUUAUGUUUUGUUUUUGUUUUGUCCCCGGGUGUCUGUCUCAACAUGAUAAAACGAGGCACGCAUUGAACCGCUUACAUGUAUACCCGCGUGGUACUGCUACAACGAAUUAACUUGCCGUCAUGUUUCAAUCUGCCAUUGUAAAAGAAUUAAUGCAAAUUGAAAACAGGUGGAACCCAACUGUUCGAUUGAGUGAGUGAGUGAGUUAUUAUUUAACGUCACAUGGGCAAUAUUUCAGCCAUAUCGUGACGAGUGUUCGAUUGAGAUAUGUGAUACGGUUGUGCUGUGACGUUCAUUGACUCGCAAAUAUAAAUUGUCAAUGCAAGAUAAUAAAAAGUCUAUUUUAUCCGACGAAACAGAUGCCAUUUGGCGAACAGGCCAAAAACGCUGAUACAAUUGUAUUAAUUGUACAUCUAUGUGUCUACAAGCUACUACAUUUAUUCAUGUGAAAUUGUGAAACAAAGAAUUUAAUGUAUAAUCAGAAGUUACAUUGUAUCUCAUAUUAAUUCCUAGUUGAAUACCAAUAUUUAAAAAUA